UUCGAUAGUCAAGGCAGACAGCUCUGGACGAGUCCUCACUAAUGCCCUAUCCAUUGUGUACCAAAACCAUGAUUUUUGUCCUUUCUAUCGUUUAAACCUUGCUCUCCAAAAAAAAGCAAAACCAAGAGAGCCCCGCAUCCAAUUCCUCAGACUCCAAGAUCGUUUGUUGUGCGCAGCCAGAGCUGCUACCGCCUUUUCGCAUCGAGGUGUUUACCCCGCCGAAAAGCCGGAAACCAUCAUCCAUGCCGUGAGUGAUGUUCGAUAUUACCAUCAAUCCAGACGGUUCUCACGAUUCGGAACACUCCUCGUCCGCCAGUGACGAGGAAGAUUCCUCUGGUGUCGAAGUCUCUCCCCCAUCUGUUCCAGGCAGUCACGACGAAUAUACAGAAUAUGAGGUUGGUGACGAGUGGGCUCAUUUGCAGUACCCUGAUGAGAUAAGAUCCUCGGACUCCGCGUCCCGUCCCAGGAAUUCGCGUCACAAUCGCAACACUAUACAUUCCUCCCGUUCGAGGUCAGGUCGCCGGUCGUCUCGGCGAGGCAUUGAAAGGGAAGCCUUUCCCCAAAGAUCACGGCGGUACCGAUCGCCGGAAUCUCCUGAUAGCGUGGAUUCAGCAGAGGAGUUUGUCCCUACCUACACCCGACACCAACCAGACAAGCGAUUUUGGUCAUCUGGGGCACCGGCAGGUGUGAGCGGCUACGCCCAUAGUUCGUCUUCAGGGCCAUCCUAUAAUGUAUUGCCACAAGGAGGGAUGGGACAUAUGCCAUUUGGUCAUUCCGGACCGUCGCACCCUCCAUCAGAUCAACUAGUAAGAUUUGGGCCCCUCAACCCCAUGGGUCGCUCCGGCCAGUUCAUGAACGCCCAAGGCUAUGGAUAUGGGUCGCAUUAUCCUCCGCCCCAUUCCGGCGGUAUGCCUGGGUUAUUUGGCCAUGAUCAACAUCCCGGCCAUCCUAAUCACCUCCCACAUCACCAUGCUCAGGAAUCUCGCAAUCGAAGUCGAGGACAAAGCCCUCCUGAGCCUCCCUUGUCUCAUAUGAUACCCUCUCAAAGUAAUCCUCAUUAUGGUGGUCCUGCUUUUGCUCCGCCAGAUCUUGUUCCCUACGGCGGCGGCGGGUAUUUCCCCUAUAAUCAGAACUAUCCUGGAGGACCCGUCAGUCAUCAUCUUUUCGGGCAACUUCCUCAAAAGCCAGAGUCUCCUUCAGCGACAUCCCAAUCAGAUAUAGCAAAAGAUGAGGCUAUUGCUAGAUUGGAGAAAUUGAUAUUAGAUGAGCGAGCAGAACGAGAGGCAAGAGAUGCCGCGCGCGAGGCUGCAAUGGCAAAGGCGGCUGCGGACAAAUUGGCGGCAGAGGAAAGAGCAAUUGCAGAGAAGAAAAUAGCAGAUGAAGCGGCAGCCAAAGCAACAGCAGCAGCCAACGCAGAGGCAGAGAAGAAGGCUGCAGAAGAGGCUGUCAAAGCGCUGAAACUGGCGGAGGAAAUGGCAGCCGCUGCAGCUGCGGAUGCUAAGAAGACUGCGGAGGAAGCAGCGGCGGUAGCUGCUGCGGAGGCCAAGAAAGUCGCAGAUGAAGCUGCUGCUGCAGCGGCAGCGGAGGCGAAAAAGGCGGCAGAAGAAGCAGCAGCUAAUAAACCUCCACCAGAAAAGAAGAAACCUAUCAAGUUCAAGGAUGCCGUGGGCAGGAAGUUCAACUUUCCUUUCCAUUUGUGCAGUACUUGGCAGGGAAUGGAAGAACUUAUUCGCCAGGCCUUCCUCCAUGUAGAGGUGAUCGGUCCUCAUGUUGCUGAAGGCCACUAUGACUUGGUUGGGCCAAGUGGUGAUAUUAUCUUGCCGCAAGUUUGGGAAACUGUCAUCGAGCCUGAUUGGACUGUAACCAUGCAUAUGUGGCCCAUACCAGAGAAGCCAAAGGACGACCAGCCACCUCCACCUCCUGACAAUAAUGCUAUUAUAGUUGUAGAAGAAGCAAAGAAGAAACCUGAUGCUACGGCUCCAGGACCCAAAAAACCACGGCCGGGAAACCCCGGCUCUUUUGCGAAGUGGAUGAUGGGGAAUAAUAGGAAUAAACCCAACAAGCCUUUAAAGGCGCCAAAAAAGCCCGAACCCGUACCAUAGUAUAGUCAUACCUGCAGUGUUAUUUGACUUUGUUUAUAUGCAGUGUCGGGAGAUAGUCAACGAUUUGCACCUACGGCUUGAUACCCUUUCUCAAGAACGGUGAUUGUUUGAGUACGUCGAAUUG